GAAAUGUUGCUUUUCUGACGGUGUAGUUUCGAGUGAGGUUUUACAAAGGGAAUCUUGCUCUCUCUUCUUUUCCCCCUCUCUGGAUUCCAUAGAUGUUGCAGUCAGCCCUGGUCCCCAGCUCAGCCCUUGUCCCAGCAUGGUGCCAUCAAGCCUUUCUGCCCCAUUGUUCGACAACUUAGAAAAAGAAGAGGAAAAACACAAAAGCAGUUGCAAACAUGCAUGAUAACAAAUUCCAAUAAUUUACCAAGGGGCUGGAAUAAGACAGGCAUCAGACUAAGUCGGUGCUGCUGAUGCUGCCGUCGUUACCGGCCACGGUGGUAACUCUCCCCAGCACAUUUCCUACAUGAUGCCUUCCUUUGCUUCACUCUUGCUUUAUCUAUACCUUUUUGUCGAGGCAGAGAGCUCUAAAGUCUGCCGAUGUCAAUGUACCUGUCCGCCGGACAGGCCUCUGAGAGGAACGAGGCAUCUACACUCCUUCAAGCCCAGCCACAGAUCUCGAAAUUCCCGGCUGCGUCUGGACGAGUCGCCGCCUGAGAUAGUCGAGCAUCCGACAGAUCUUGCCGUAUUCUGGGGCGAGCCGGCUACCCUGAACUGCCGGGCGGAGGGCAGGCCCCAUCCAGUCAUCGAGUGGUACAGGAAUGGCGAACGUGUGGAGACCAGCAAUGACGACCCUCUGUCCCAUCGCACUCUACUGCCACACGGCUCCCUCUUCUUCUUCCAGGUGAUCCAGAGGCGUAAAGGAAAGUCCGAUGAAGGGAUAUACACGUGCGUGGCAAGGAACCACCUGGGGAACGCCUUGAGUAAGAAUGCAUCACUCUAUGUGGCAACCCUCCGGGAGGAGUUCCGCCUGCAGCCCAGCAGCGUGGUGGUGGCGUUAGGCGAGCAGGCGGAUAUGGAAUGUCUCCCGCCCCGCGGUCACCCCGAGCCAACCGUCACGUGGAAGAAAGAUGGGGCACCUCUGGACGACAAGGACCAGCGGUACAGAGUUACUGUCGGUAAACUCACCAUUUUCUCCACACUGAGGAGUGACUCGGGAGUGUACAUGUGUGUAGCAACAAACAAGGUGGGCCAGCGGGAGAGCAGAGCUGCCCGAAUGUCCGUAUUGGAAAAGCCAACCUUUGUUCAAAGGCCUAGUGAUGCCACGGUGAUGGCUGGAGGCAGCGUGCAGUUUUCCUGCAAUGCUCGCGGUGAUCCAUUGCCUCGAGUGGUUUGGAAGAAAGAAAACGGAAUGCUUCCCAAUGGGAGGUACGAGGUGAACUCUGAUCACACAAUAAGGAUUCAUUACACAGCCGCUAGUGACUCCGGUGUCUACACCUGCCUGGCUGAGAAUGCAGUGGGUUCAGCUGCUGCCUCUGCCUCCCUCACAGUACGAGAUGCUCUUGACACUGGUCAGAGGGAGAAACAAGAGGACACCCAAAGGCAGAUGCUGGAUGUCCGUGUACACCUGGCCAACAUCACCAUUCUUCCAUCAUCUUCACAUGUCCAUCUCCACUGGAAGGUUCUUUCACAGCCGCAGAACGUUGAGGGAUUUAAUGUUUUAUUCCGUUCUUUGGUGCCGCUGAGCACGGACUGGAUGGUGGACCAAGUUGCCGACCCAGAGGAACAGAAUGCAGAGCUGACCACGCUGAGGAGGGGCUUCAUGUACGAGUUCAAGGUUCAGGCGUACAGUGGGAUGUUCUGUAGUCCCGACAGUAACAGAAAGCAAGGAAGGAUUCCAGAGGAAGUACCCGACGCUCCCCCUGAUGGUGUUAUCAUUGCGACCACAGAGAGGAGGAAUGAUAGUAUUGUGGUCAGCUGGAAGCCACCUCCUCCCGAGUCUCACAACGGCAUCAUUAAAGGUUACAAGGUUUGGUGCUUGGGGAAUGACACACAGCACCACAGAAACUGGACUGUGAACAGCAGCACGCACCAGCUGGAGAUCCCUGCCAUGAAUUCUGGGAUUGAGUACCGAGUGCAGAUCGCAGCCAUCAACGGUGCGGGGAUCGGAGCGCACACCAAGCCUCAGUAUGUCUACCUAGACCCUUUGGGGCAGGAGACGUCAUCGGAGUCUUCGACCUUUGGGCUGCUGCUGGAGUUUGUCAGGCAGCCGGUGUUCAUUGCAAGUGCUGGGAGCGUGAUCUGGGUCAUCCUGGUGGUGCUCAGUGUGUGUCUGUACUGUCGCCGGGCAAAACAGGGCCACCUUCAGAAGAAACACAAGCUGAGCAAAGGCAUGUACAAGUGGGCUAAUGACGACAUUAUAAUCAAACACAGGAUGAACCUGACAGAUUCGCCUUGGCUGUCCAACUCUUGGAAGUCAAACAGCUGCUCCAAGAACCUCAGUGUGGGGAGUCGUCGUCCUCUCUGGCUGCACAGCUGGGAGAACCAAACGUACAGAGAAAUAGGCUCGACAUUUGAGAAGACUCCAGUGCUGAGAGUCCAUCGGCCCGGACUGAUGCCUGACAACUGCCUGAGUGGGACGGCCUACUCUGAUGUUAGUGGCAAAGAUCUGAAGACGUUCAGCACUCCGCUCACACAGAGGUCCACCGUAUCCAACUGCAGCGUCCAGAUGACUCCAGACCACAGCCCUCUGCCUUUGCUGAAGAACAACAUCAACAGAAACAACAUCAGUGGCUAUGGUCACGAUGUGGUAAAGGCGUCGCAGAAAAUGCCGCCCUAUCUGCGGCCAAACGUAGAAUUCUGGGAUAAAAACUGCAAUAAAGGAAACAACGGGCCGGUAAUGGCCAUUUGUCGCAACCCAACGCCAGGGAACGUGCCAGCCGCCAUCACCAGCCCAGCAAGCAACCGGAAAGGUGAUGGGAAGACGUUGAUGAAGACUUUCUGCUCUCCAAAGGCUCAGCGUCAUGGUUUUGGGCUAAGGCUGGUUGAUGCCCUUCCUCCUCCUCCCCCUCACCCUAUGCAGGAACCUGGACCAGUGGAACGGCAAAGCAAAGCCGCAAAGACUUCUGAAUCGAGUACGAUCUCGCCAGGAAGGCAGAGGAGGGAAUACUGUGCUCCCUCUGGGGACACGUUGCCCAGUCAGUCCAGGUGCUACAGCCUUCAGUCCACUGCCACCCUCCCACUGUCUGCAGACUAUAACACUGAAAGGGGAUUUUGUCCAGAACGAGGGGCUCAGUACCUGGAGCUAACAGACGAGGGCAGACAAAGACACUUUACGGACAUCCUGUCCACAUUUGAAAGACCGUUCUCACCUCCCCAUACGUACGGGUACAUCUGCGGUCCACAGCUCUCCGACCUGGAAAUGGACAUGGUGGACUAUGACGAUGAGGAUGACGAAGACUUGGACAUGGAGGUUGCCCGCGUGAACUCUCACCGAUACUUCCACCGGCUCUGCCGCACCCCGACCUCCAGCCUCAGCGAGUGUGACAGCUCCAUCGGGGGCUCGUUGGCCAAUGGCUGGGGCUCGGUGUCCGAGGACAACUUCACCAGCGCCCGCUGCAGCAUGGUCAGCUCCUCCGAUGGUUCCUUCCUCAUGGACGCCAACUUUGCCCAGGCCCUGGCCGUGGCAGUGGACAGCUUCUGCUUUGGGCUGGCCCAGCCCGAGAGAGAGACUCCAUACACAGCUCUCUCUUCAACGUCCUUUCUGCCGAACACCUUCCCUGACAAUGUGUCCUACAAUCCAGAGGGUUCAGGAUCAGAGGUCAUGAGUGUGUAUCCGGAAUCUGACCCGGCUCCGAUUUGGGAUUGGAAUCUGUCUUGGGCAGAUGAAAUAGAAGAGAAAAUCGCACAGAAGGUGGAAGUUGCAAGGAGGAACCCCAUAGCCCUUGGAAAAGAUCCCAACAAACCCUUCAGGAAUCCAUCCGACCAACAACAGCAGGACAAGUGCACCACUGAUGUAUACACCUCCGGGCUGGAUAUGCAGGUGAACCCUACUCUCAGUGCAGUACACGUGUCCUUUGCAACAGUCGGAGCUCCGGUGCACAAGAGCUUUGCCGUGAGGAAGAAGGUGGAAAAAGUUGGACUGUUGAACUUGCCAGUGGAUGCCGAUGGUCUCACCAUGGUCAAAGUUUGAGAAGGAGCAUGACUGAAUACCCUGUGGACGUGGCCCAUCCAUGUACAUACAGAAAUCUAAGGAGCCAGAUCCAUGAGGUAGUAAAGGAUGUGCACGGGUUGCGGACAUUUGGUUACUGGCAUCCUGGGUGCUCUACGCAGUCAUCUACAAUUCAAUCUGGACAGAGCUGCACAUCUCCAGGUGCUGCAUGGUUCCAUGUGUAGUCGGCGUAGCCUCUUUAGGAAACUCAUUAGGGUGGAACCAUGAAGUGUUGGGAAGAUUUAUCCAAACUUCCCAUCCCUUGAAAAUCGAAGAUCGAGCAACGGAACAGACAGCAGCUUUGUGCUGAAGCAGUAAUGUAACCAAUGAGGUUUACCCGAGGCGCGAUUAUUGCUCAUUUAAAACGUGUACAGCCUGAUGUUAGUAACCUGUGAUUGAAGAAUGGCUAAACAUCGACUUGUAGAUUGUAUAGAAAGGCAGCAGAAGUUGGAUGGGGGAGAGGGAUUAGCGGGGGGGGAGGGGAGGUGGAGAUGGGAUUUAAACUCAAAAGCCAGGCUGUUGUUCUUGGGGUGUCUGAAACCCACAAGUAUGCAUCAGCUUUUAAUUUAUCUCUUUACUAAUUAAUCUAACCGAUGUAUUUAAAUAAAAUUGCGUCUGAAAGCUGACGUGGAGCGGCAAGCAAAACAACAUACUGCACCAGCAGGCCUAAACCACUGGUGACCAAGCUCAGUAAAGACAACUCUUUGUCCAUCGUCCCUUGCCCAUUGCUGGUGAUCGUAUAAAACAAUUAAAGUGUAUAAAGUGAUUGGAUAGAGAAGGUUCACGUGGCAUACUUAAAACGUUAUUUUUCUCUGAACACCUAGUAUUGACAAUAUGUUUUUUUUCCAUUCUGAGUGUAAAUCUAACUGUACUUAUCACUUUCAAUAUGAAUGAAACAAUAUUAAAAAAAGUUUUAAAAAUUGGUGCUAA